AUGUUGAGCCGUCUGGCCACAGUCCUCCAGGAGCUCUCUGGAGAGGAGGCCCCAGAUGGAGACCCACAAGGUAUGCUGGUGCCUCAGCUCCCUGCCGGUGAGGGCCAGGCUCCAGUGGAGUCUGAGGCACCUGAGGAGGCCAUGGAGAGGCUGGCUCACCUGGAACAACUGGUGGUCCAGCUGAAGGAGCUCAUUCGAGACAAAGACACCCAGCUUGUCCAAAAGGACACAGAGCUGGCCAACAAAGAUGCACAGCUCAAGAAUGAAAAGGAAGAAGCCGAGGCUCGAUUCACCAAACUCAAACUGCAGGCCAAAGCUAAGAUGGCUUCACUCAACAAACAGAUAACUGAUUUGAAAGGAUCAGGAGGAGGCACACAGAGCCCAGACAGCUCUUUCACAGGAGCUGGUUCUGCAGUCGAGGAGGAGCUCCAAGAUCUGAAGAACAAGCUGAGCGAGGAGGAGGCCAACAGCAGGGAGCUGAAACUACAGCUCCAGGCCACCGAACAGCUCCUUCAAGAGAAGGAAUCUGCCCACGCUGAGCAGCUGCAGAAACUGCAGGCGGUGGUCUGCGAGAAGGACGUUCGUUUCCAGGAGCAGAUCCAAAAACAUGAAGAGGAGCUGAUGAAGGUCACAACGCAGUCUCAGAAUGACGGCGAGCUUCAGCAGGCGCUGCACGCAGCCCAGAGACGUUGUGAAGAGCUUGAGGAGUCCUUAAAAUCUCGCUCCCAAGUGCUGGAAAUGCUGCAGCAGGAAGUGAGCAGUGCUGAUCAGCAAAAACAGAUCCUGACUGCUCAGUUCCGGCAGAUGGAGCAGGAGCUGGCCGAGGCCGUGAAGCUGAGGGAGGAGGAGGGGCAGCAGUGGGCCGAGCGGGCCGGCAGAGCUGACGUAGAACUCGCAGCCCUCCGAACCAGCCUGGAGGCUCAGGAAGGAGAGAGAGCGGAGGUGGCGGCGAGGCAGGAGAGCGAGCUGGUCUCCCUCAGAGAGGCUGGGCUUGUUAGUCAGGAGGCUCUGGAGAAGGAGAAGAUGGAAGUUGCCAGACUGGAGAGAGAAUUGGCUCUGAUGAAAGAGGCUGAGCUCGCAACCAUCCAAGCGAGCCAUGAUGCUUCAGAGAGAGACAGGGCAGAAAUGGCUCGGCUUGAAAGUGAACUCGCAUCUAUGAGAGAGGCAGCUGUUCAUGCCGGCCAGGACGCCUCAGAGAGGGAGAAGUCAGAAGUUGAUACACUAGAAAGAGAGCUGGCUUCGCUGAAAGAGGAGCAGGUGGAUGCCAAGAAGAAGAGUGAGACCAUGGCUGAAGUUUGGAGGCAUUUGCAAACUCUGGCUCUAGAUGAUGUACAAGCAGCAGAGGUAAGCCCCGUCCCCGCUGACCUCUCCCUGCUCCUGGACACAGUGCAGUCGAUUGAGACCCAGCUGACAAGACUGAAAGACAAACGCAGUGAGAGUGAGGAACGUUGUGCAGAGCUCACCCACACCAUGGAAACCCUUCAGGAACAACUUGACAGAAAAACGACAGACCAAGAGGAGGCCGCUGCCAAGAUCCAGGAGUUGGAGCAGCAAAUUGUAACGUUGACUGAAAGAGAUGAUGUGACUGAACCGUCAGCACAGGAUCCAACUGAAGCUGAAAAAGCAAACAUACUGGCACUGGAGCAGCAGCUACUAGAAAAAGACAGUGAGCUGGUUGCGUUGAGAGAAUCCCUCAGACUGGCUAAAGACCAGAGCUCCAACCAGGAUCAGGAUGCCAGUACAGCCCCCCAUGACAGUUCUGCAGCUCUUCCUGAACUAAUGGAGGAUACACAAGAAGAAGAGACCACUUUAGUGGCUGAGGACACCUCUGUCCUCUCCAUAUCUGCUGGUAACGAGAGCAGCCCAGAGCUUAUUGGACACCAGUGUGAGUCCCCAGAAGAAUCCAAAGGGACCUCCUCAGACGAGAUGGUAGCCAGUAGUGAUUCAGAGGUGGCCCACAGCAGCUGGACCCUCCUGGAAGCUGUGAAUCAAGAUGGAGGCCAGGAGUGGCCCUCCAUCCUGCAGGACUUUGGCCAGCUGCAGUUGCAGUCCUGGGAAGCGACGAGCAUGGAGCAGGAAACCUCCACAGUUCAAGUUGAGUCCUCCUCUGUCAUCAUCCGAGAGACAGUUCAGGUUCAUCUAACACAGCAGAGUUCUUCCUCCACAGACGCUAUCGUGCCAUCUGGACAGGUCUUUGCUCAGGCCUUAGCCGAGGAACUCCAGAGGAGGUACAGUGAACUUUUAGCAGAGCUGCAGAGGCUCAGAGAAGCAGCUGCAGAGUCACAGGAGAAAAUCAAGAGUCUGGAAGAAGAAACCCAGUCCCUCACUGCUGCCAAAGAGGAGGCAGAGUCCCAGGCCAACAACUUUGCAGAGGAGCUCAAGUCAGUCAGAGUGGAGUUGGAUGAUGUUUCCCAGCAAAGUAGCUCAGUGGUGGAGAAGCACAGUGUUGAAAUGCAGCUUCUAGAAGAACAGUUGGACAUUUUGAACGCUGAAACUAAAGCCAAGGAGCAGAAGAUCCAGAGUCUGCAGAGAGACUUGGAAACAACCCACCUAGCUCUCUCUGAGCAGGAGGGUCAGGCCAGGAUGCUGAGUGCUCAGCUGGAGGACAGAGAACUCCUCUCUUCUGAGCUUGAAAGGAAGCUGCAAGAUGUGGAAAACAGCAUGUCGGAAUAUUCCCAGAUGUCAGAUCUCAACAAUGAGUCUUUGUCAAAGAAGGACUCAGAGAUCAGUGAGCUACAGCUUCGUCUCAGCCAGAAAGAGCAAGAGAUGAUGGAGCUCAACGACAGCAUGUCUGCUAAACUCCUUCAAGUAGAAGAGGAGAAGUUCCAGAUUGACCGUGAAGUUAAUAAACUGAAGGAGGAGAUAGUGGAACUUGAGAAAGUGAGAGAUGAGAAACAGGAAGCGAGCGGUGAAGACUCAGCUGCUCAUGUAGAUGAUGAACUUGGUAGCUUACGGAAGGAGAAAGGAGUGCUGCAGACACAACUAACAAACACAAAGAAGAAGCUGCAGGCUGCACUUGUGCAACGCAAAGAGCUCAUGAAGAAAGUUGCUGAUUUUGAGGCGGAAGCAAAAAAACGGAAAGAGCAAGAUGAGUUGGCAAAGGGAGAAAGUGCUGCAAAUAUUCCAGACGAAGAAAAAACUAGAGGACAUGAGAUUCAAGAAAUGGAGGCUAAACUCCUGGAGCUCGAGCAAGCUUUAAGAUCCAAAGAGGAGACAGUAGAAACUCUUGAGCAGAAAAUUAGCCAACAGGAUCAAGUCAUAGAGGAGACGCUUGCCCUGAAUAAAAAGCUUAGUGAAGAAGCUGAAAACAGUCAGCACGCAUCAGACACCUCUUCUGAAACAACUGCGUUACAAUCCCAAGUGGCCUCUCUCGAAGCGGAGUGCGAAACGCUCCAGAAGAAGGUUCAGGAUGCUCAAGAAUCACGCAAAGACACCAUCCGCAAAGCGAAAGAGAAAGACAGACACCACCGGGAACAGCUGAAGCAGCAGAAAGAAGAAUACAGUGAGCUGAUGGAACGCUUUGAGGAGCGGAGCGGAGAAAGAGAAGUCCUUCUUACUAAGCUGAGAGAGCUGGAAGAAAAAGUGAGCAUAGAGAGAGAGGACCUUUCUCAUCAAGAGACCAAACAAGUGGCUGAAAACGUGGAGAAGCAAGCAGCAGCAGGGGAUUGGGUCCAGGAGGACUGGGUGGAUUUUACCACCUCUGAGCCUGAUUCAUCACAACCACAAACUAGUGAUCCGACUCAGCUUCCUGCAGAGCCGUCCGACGUCCACUCCGCACAAAUGGAGGAAUCUCUGAAAGCUCUCAGGGAGGAGAUCCAGACUGUGCGGGAGGCUAACACAGAGCUAGAGAAGCAGCUGCAGGAGACUCACGCCGAUCUGUCGUUGAAGGAGGCUGAAAUACUGGAUUUGGGCAAAGAGCUACAAGCGCUAAGAGAAAAGGAAAGACAGAUCGAUGCUCUCUCAGAGGAAAUUAAUGAUCUGAGAGAAAAGUAUCACCAAGCUGAGUCUUAUGCCGAAACCCUAAAAGCAGAGAUGGCAGCAUCUGCAGAUUCCUCAUCCUUCAUUGUAACUCUUCAGGCUGAGGUGGAAGACUUCAAGCAGUUCCUCGACAACAAGAACCACGAGAUAGUGGAGCUCAGUCAGCAGCUUAAUGAGCAGAACUCCCUCAUACACUCGAUGCAGGACACGGUGUCUCAGAAGGAUCAGUUAAUAACGUCUUUACAGGAAGAAUUAAAGGUUGAGCAGGAAAAAACCCAGAGGUUAGAGGUUGAGGUUCCACAGAAGCAAGAGGAAGAAAAAGACAGCGAGGCAAAGAUUCAGCAGCUUCAGCGAAAACUUCAGGCCGCUCUGAUCUCUCGCAAAGAGGUCCUCAAAGAAAAUAAGACCCAGAAGGAGCAACUGGCCUCAGCCGAGAAGCUCGUCGCUGAACUUCAGCAGAAAAUGAAGUCGGCAGAAGAUGAGCUGGAGAAGCUACGAGCGGAAAAACUAAAACUGAUCGAUGAGGUCGAUCGAACGUUACUGGAGAACCAAAGCCUUGGGUCAUCCUGCGAGAGCCUCAAACUGGCCAUGGAAGGCAUACUGAAUGAGAAAGAUGCUUGUAAGAGAGAAGCGGACUUGGCAAAAGAAGAGGCUUCCAGGGUGAGCAGAGAAUGGGAGGAAAAGGUUCAAGGCAUGAAGGAUGAGUACGAGACUUUGCUCAAGUCCUAUGAAAACGUGAGCGACGAGGCUGAGCGAGUGAGACGGGUCCUGGAAGCUGCCCGGCAGGAGAGACAGGAGUUAGCGUCCAGAGUGAGGACACACGAGGCUGCAAGGCAAGAGGCGGAGAGGCAGGCAGAGGAGGCGCAGAAAGAGGUGGAUACAGUGAAAGACAAGAUGAGAAAAUUUGCAAAAACAAAGCAGCAGAAGAUUCUGGAGUUAGAGGAGGAGAAUGAGAGACUGAGAGAAAUGCAGGAGAAGUCUGUAGUAAAACGAGAGGACAGGCGUCUGAAAGCUGAAGCUGAAAGACUUCAAGAAGAGCUGGGGGCUCUGAAGGCUGAGCUGAAUGCUACAGCAGCAGAGAGAGACUCUUUAGGGCAGGAGAUUGAAGAACUGAGGGAACAAGUUGCCCAAAUGGGAGAGAAAGAGGACAGUGAAACUCAAGCAACAACACUUACCUCUGCAGCUGUUGUAGAAGAGGUUGUCACUGCCCAGAAAUCUGACAUAAUCAUGACCAAAGCAGAGCCUGUGGAGAGUCAGUAUGAGGACAAGGAAAAACCCGUAACUCCAGAGGAGACUCCAGAUGACCAAAUAGUCGCAGUGUCUGCACCAGAAACAUGUUUAGAGCCCACAGAGGAGAAAGAAAAGGAAGAAAUGACUGAAAGUGUUCAAAAUGUAUUAGAGGAUAAAAUAAAAGAGAUGGAGGCAGCUGUUAACUCAGAGAGGAAACUGUGGCAGGAGCGGGAGGCUGAGCUCAGCGCUGCUCUGGCCUCUCUGGAGCGAGACCUCCAGGAAAGUAAAGAGAAAGAAAAGAGCCUGAUUGAAGAGGGUUCGAAGAGGGAAACUCAGUUCAAAGAACUCCUCGGAAGCCUUGAAACUGAGAAAGAUAACCUGGAGGAGCGUCUGAUGAACCAGUUGGCCCAACUCAACGGGAGCAUCGCCGGCUACCAGCAAGAGACGGCAGACAACCGGGAGCAUCUGGCUGACCUUCAGCGGCAGGUGGAGAGGUUGGAGAGGGAGCGAGCUGAACUGGAAGCCGAGGCUCAGAGCGAGAGGGACCGGGCGUCCAGACUGGAAGAGGACAUGAGGCAAGCCCAGAGAGAAAGAGCUGAAGCUGAAGCAGAGUCUGGUAAGCAGCGGGAGCUGGAGCAGCAGCUGAGGUCUGCUCAGAGGGUCAGAGAAGGCAGCCAGAGCAGAGCACGUCAGCUGGAAGAACUGCUGAGGGAGAAGCAGCUGGAGGUCCGACAGCUGCAGAAGGACAGCAUCCAGUACCAGGAGAGGAUCAGUGAGCUGGGGAGGGAAGCUAAGGCACUGCAGCUCGGCCACAAUGAGCUCAACAGCAAACUAGAACAAUCCCAGCUGGAGAGCUCCAAAACUCUAGAGGACCUGAAAAGGAGCGAGGCAGAGAUGGCUAGCUGUAAAUCUCAACUGGAUGAGGUCCAGAAACUGUUCAGCGAGGCCUUAGCUGAGAAAACAACUUUAGAACAGAGCGCCCAGCAGAAAGAGACCUCGAUGAAAGCCGAGGCGGAGCAAACCCUGGACUCUGUGAGGUUCAGACUGGGAGCUGAACUGAAGGAGAUGGAGCUGAGACUGGAGGAGGCCUACAGAGAACGGGAAAAGGAAGAGGAGGCCACCCUGGAGGCCAGAGAGAUCGCAGAGGGAGCUGAGAGACGAGCCCAGGAGAUGCAAGCUCGUCUAGACGAGUCUCUGGCCAGGUUAGCUGCCUUCUCACGCUGCAUGUCCUCACUGCAAGAUGACCGGGACAGGGUUUUGGACGAGACCCGGCAGUGGGAGACUCGCUUUAAUGAUGCUCUGCAGGGUAAGGAGGCUGAAGUCCGGGAGGCUGAAACACGAGCCAAGGAGGUGGCAGAACAGCUUCAGAAAGAAACUGCACUGAAAGAGGAACUUCAGCUUUCUGUGGACAGACUAGAAAAAGCAGACAAAGCCUGGCAGCUGAGACUGGAAGAAGAGGAAAAGAAAGUCACAGAGAGUCAAGCUGCCCUCCAGGAGGAGAGGAGCAAGCUUCAAGAAGCCACAGCUGAGUUGCAGUCUGCACAGAAUGAAGUCCAUACACUUACAGAUGAGCUGGAGGGUCUUCGUCACCGAGUCCAGGCUCUGGAGGAGGCUGUGGGUCGGCUGCAGGGUGAAGUCGACCAGGCCAGGACUGAGCUGAGGGAGAGGGAGGCGGAAGAGAGACGGCUGUGCCUGAACGUGGAGCAACUGGAGACAGACCUGCGGUCCUCUAAGGCCUUGACAGAGAGUCUGCAGACUGAGUUACAUGAGAAGGAAAAGAGAGAAGUGGAAAUGCUGGGGGAGAAGGAACAAGCUGUUGCUCAGGCUGCUGACGAGGCCAGAAAAGAGGCGGACAGUCGAGCACAAGAAGCUGAGGGGGAGCUGGAGCAGAGAAGAGGAGAAGUGCGGGAUCUGGAAGAAAAACUGCGAAAGGCAGAGGAAGAGAGCAACAACCGAAAAACCAAACUGGACUCUUUCAUGAAGGCCAUGAGCUCCUUGCAGGAUGACAGAGACAGAGUCCUCAACAUGUACAAACAGCUGGAGGAGAAACACCUGCAGGUGAUGAUGGAGAAGGAUGGUCUGAUCCAGGAGGCAGCAGGGGAGAACAACAGCCUGAAGGAAGAGCUGCGCUCUCUGCUGGUCCAGAGAGACGACCUGUACGCUGAAAAGGCCAAGCUGUCCGCUCAGCUUCACGGCUAUCGUGAUGAACUUAACCAGGUCCUGAGCAUGAAGGACUCCCAACAUAAACAGCUUCUGGCAGCUCAGAGAGAGCGGAUCACGUCUCUAGAAAGGGAGCGAGAGGAAUUGGAAAGUCAGUUAAAGAGUGUGAGUGGAGCCGGAGAGGCAGAAGUAGAAGCAGUGAAAGUGGAGAGGGAGACUCUUCGUCAGGCUGCUGAUAGUGGGACAGUAUCACAGGUGAUAGAUGCUCCUGGUGCAGAGGUGGAGAAGCUGAGGGAGCAGCUGCAGGCAGCAAGAGAGCAAGUAGAGACUUUAGAGGAGACUUUAUUAAGGGAGAGACAAGAGCAGGAUAGCAAGAGCAAAGAGCUAGCUGAGCUGCGAUGGGAGGGAGGUGUGAUGCGGACAGAGUCUGAGAGCGCCCAGGAGAGGGUGGCGGAGCUGGCCCGAGACCUGCUGGCUGUCGAGCAAAAGCUGCUAGAGGAGAAAGAAGCUUCGACGCAGCUGAGGUCAGAGAACCAGUCAUUCGCUAAAGCCAUGGCCUCCCUCCAGGACAGCAGGGAGCAGGCAGUAAACAAGGCCCAGGAACUGAGCCUGAAGCUGGAAGAGAUGAGCAAAGCAGGUGGCCCUGCAACUCACAGCAGCCCCGGAGGCUCUACUGGAGAAGUGUGGGGCCUGAAGAAUGCACUACAAGCCCUUCAAAAUGACAGGGAGAGACUGCUGGAGCAGCUUCAAACACAAACGUCUGAGCUCAUGAAGCAGAAAUCGGAGCUGGCUCGGCUGGGAGCAGGGGAGCUGAUUAAAGUCAGCCAGGAGCUUUUUGAGGAGAAGAACAAGAACGAAGACAUGCUGGGUGUCAUAACACAGCUGGAGAAUGUGGUGCAAAUGGGCAAGCAGGAAACGGAGACACUCAGGCUGGAGCGAAUCGACUGGAUGGCUCAAGCAGAGCAGCUGAAGCAGCAGACCCUCGCCACACUCUCAGAGAGGGACCAACAACUGCGACAACUCACCGCUAUGCUGGAGGAAGCUCGCACUCACCAGCCUAAACUUCAGCAGGAACACUAUCAAAGAGAGAGCACAGACAAAGUGGACAGUCCUCCCGGAGCCCCACAGGAGCGAAGCAGCCUGCUAGACAGCCACGCCUUCAUAGCUGAGGUCAAAGAGUUACAGCGGAGGCUAGAUGAAGAGACGCAGCAGAGGGUGGCUGCUGAGGAACAGCUGAUGGUCACACAGGACAGACUCAAACGCCACAGCCAGGCUAAAUGGCACAUUGCACAAGAAGGGGAUCACUCUGAGACUGCUGUCUUUAUCGAGCCGCCGGAAGGAGCUGUCACUCGAAUUCGGAGAGGCGGCCCGGGCUUGAUGCGGAUGCUCCGAGUGGCCUUCUGCUCUCGCCAACGUACCCCUCUGCUGCUCAGCCUCUAUCUGCUCACUGUGCACGUCCUGCUGCUGCUGUGUCUGGGCGGAUACCUCUGAAACCAGCUCCCUCUGACAAACCCUGAAAGAUAAGACACAUGAGAAAGAUAGAGAGAGAGAGAGAGAGAGAGAGAGAGAGAGGAGGGGAGAGAAAAUGGAAAUGUGACACAGACCUAACCCAAGCCAUCAAUAUGUUUUAUAUUGUUACUUGUAAUAAAUUAAAGGGUGUGAAGGCUAUUGUACACACACACGCACACACGCACGUGCACACACACACAUACACGCACUUUACAGGACUUAAACUGUUAUCCAAAGUAUAUAGAUUUAUGUAAGGAGCUGUUGUCAUUAAUUUUAUUCAUUUUGAUCUUGUGUGACUUUGAGUGUGUAUGACAGGUUUUUCCAAGCAGAGAGGACAUAAGGGACAAACUAUAAAUUUUCCUCCUUUCCUUUUACCUGCAGUUUAGGGGGGAAAAAAAAGACAAAGGCGAUUCGUAAUCAAAUAUUUUGGCAGAUGGUGCUGUUCGUGUGCCUUUAGAUUUGGAUAUAAAAGGGUUACUUUACUUUACUAAGUAAAAUUUUUUGGGAUGUUAGGGAAAUGUCCAAAAUGAGAGUGUUACCGUGUUACUGUUAAACCGUUAGACUGAUAAGACUGAUACCUCUGUCUCUCUGUUAAAUAUAAGGCUAACUUACUUAGCUUAGCUUAGUACAAAGACUGGAAACAGGGGAAACAGCCAGCCUGGUUCUGUCAAAUGGUUACAAAAAAAGCACCUCUAAAUCUCACUAAUUAGCAGUUAUCGUCUAAUUUGUGUAAUCCGUGUAAAAUGACAAACUGCCAGGGUAGCUGUUUCUCAUGGUGGAAAGUAACUAAGUACAUUUACUCAAGUACUGGAGUUACAUGUACUUUACUUGAGUAUUUUUUAUUUCUAUUUCAUACUUCUACUCCACUACAUCUCAGAGGUAAAUAUUGUGCUUUUUACUCCGUUACAUUCAUCCAACAGCUAUCGCUACAUGUUACAUUAAAGACCGAGAUUUUAAAUGAAAAACAUAAGACACUGUAUUUUAAGAGUUUAAAAGUUCCAAACUUCUCAGAUGGUUUCAUUUAAAAAACGGUUUGAGGCCCAAACAGGAACAUGAUCCACAAUUUCACUGAAAACGGUGAAAGAUCAGAGAAUAUUCCAAAAACUGAAAACAGAUUUUUGUAUCACAAAUUAGUUUUUUGUUUGUUUUUUUUCUUUCUUCUUUCCUCUCCCA